AUGGCGCCUGUACGUCGAUACCUGAGGAUCACAAAGUACUCUGUACUUGAGUGCCGCAUCUACCUCGACAACCCAGCCUUGGCGCAGUCAUGGCUGCUGAACCCGCGCGACCCGGUCCUGCCACGGGUCAUUGAGAGCAUCCGUCCACUGGUGCUGCCGAAGCUGCGCGAGGAGAAGGAGCGGGAGCGGGCCAAGAAGAAGAGCUCGAAGAAGAAGAACGUCAAAGAUGUCAUUGUGCAGGAUGACUUUGAGGUGUCCAUGUUCCUCACAGAGACGAGCACGCGGCACUCACUUCUCACGAAGCAAAAGCACUUUCGCGAAACGGCGCCGCUAAUGAUGCAGUCCAACUCGACGCGCCUUAUGGGGGAGACCAACGACAUGCCCGUCGACGUCGACGCGGAGAGCACGCCUCCGCCUGUCGUGCUCCGCGAGGAGAGCGACGACGACGACGGCUUGCGGCUUGCCAAGAUACCUCUCGCGGGUCCGAGACAGAAGAGGCGACGAAGGAGAGCGGAUACGGGUGGACAGCAUGGCGAGGAUACGUCGGACGCGGACCCGUCAGAUGACGACGGCCCAGAAUCGGCAAUUGAGAUUGACUCUGACGCCGAGGAGCCCGCAGCAAAGCGGCCCCGAGGUGCGGCCGAGUCUGAUGCGGGCGAGGAGGAUGACAAGAAGAAGCUGGCAAUGGACGUAUCGUACGAAGGUUUCGCCAUCUACGGGCGGGUGCUGUGCCUGGUCGUCAAGCGGCGAGACACCAGGGCGCAGCUGUCGCAUGCAAUAGCCGACGGGCGCGGGGCGGCCAAGGCCACGGCCACGGCGGGGCAAGGACAGGCCAAGAUGGAGAAUUGGAUCACGUCGACGCAGAUCCCGUUGGGCGAGGAGGAGAUGCCGUGA